AUGGAAAUCACAUUAAGACCAUACCAAAUAUCCGAUAUAGAUGAGUUUAUGCAAUGGGCAUGUAACUCAGAAGUACUACAAUACAUUUACAUGCAAUUUUGGAUAAAUCCCAACUCAUCAAGAGAAGAUGUUUUGAGUUAUUUUGAAAAAAGGGUGAUUGCCCAUCCAUGGUACAAAGCCAUAUGUUUGCAAGGCCGUGCCAUCGGCUUUGUCGCAAUUGAGCGACAACCUGGUAUACACGGCCUUGACAGGGGUAGGGGACAACUGUCGUAUGCCUUAGGCCGCGAGUAUUGGGGCCGAGGCAUCGCCACUAUUGCGGUUAAAAUGGCUGUUUCUUCUGCUUUUCAAGAGGUACAAGAUCUUGUUAGGAUUCAAGCACUUGUUGAUGUUUCAAACAAGGCCUCUGAGAGGGUGUUACAAAAGGUAGGGUUUGUUAAAGAAGGUGUACUUAGAAAUUAUAUAAUGGUAGAUGAUGGGGUGGGUCUAGAUGUUUGUAUUUAUAGCCUUUUACCCACUGAUCUUAUACUUAAAUGA